AUGUAAAUAGACAACGCCGUUCUUAAUAUAACGAAUAUUACGGGGCAAUGUUUCCAUUCAAUAACAUAACUUUCUUUUCUAAUUGAAAUCAAAUAUUUAGGUACGUGAAGUGUUGUUUUUAUUUGUAUAUUCGAAUCUUAAUGAUAAAUGAACAUAAUGAGGUGUAUUAUGCCUAAUUACUAGUUGAUAACGAUAACAUUCAUUAGAAGUAAAAUGAGUGCUAUGAAAAUAUGGAUGAAUUAGUGUUUCGCGUGUGUAUCAACAAUGUCGUCGCCUUGCCAGAAAGGCGGAAUGCGUCUCAGCGAAGCUCUUGAUAAUAUCCAGCUCGCGUAUAAUCCUAUCACGAAGCAGUUGCAUUUCGUGAGUCCUAAGGUUGAAAAAGUGGUUGAUACGGAUGAAGUGGACAAACUGAGUAAGAAGAGUAGUUUCAGUGAUGAGGGGAAUUUCUCUAUAUCGACAUGUGAGAAAAGUGAUAGCAGUGACUCUCCAAAGAGCACCCUGCAAUGGGGUGGUAGUGUGAGUGGCCAUCAACGAGGGAAAGAUGGGGGUUCCUUCUCCAGUACUAUAUCCAGCCUGUCUGAAUGUUCUCUGGGAUCUAAUGGUUCUAAGGAGGAUGAAUUCCCUGAGAUAUCCACUUCGGAACAAGCCAAGUUGAAGAAAAAGGGAUUGUCCGGAUUUUUUAGCAGAGGCGUGUUUCCAUGGAAGAGCAACUCGUCAACAAAAAGCCAAGAGACCCCAACCAGUACAUGGAAGAUAUUCAGCAAGUCUAGUGCUCUAACCAAGGCGGUGGACGUACAGCCCUCCCCAGUGACGUCAGCGACCAACACGCCACACCAUCACAAGAGGCAGGGCAGUUCAGCUAGCGAGAAACAGUUUGAGGACCUCGUGGCCAGCUCGAUAGCGUUGAUACAGCAUGACAGGCCAUCGAACCUGCCAGCCAAAUGCACAGAAGAAGCGCUUCGCCACAAAGCGGAGCACGCUCGCAUGGUCGAAGCCGCGCGGCGUCGAGUUGAGCGUGAGGCUGCUGCGCGACACGCUAGGGUGCAGGAGUCGCUGCGAUUGGAGGAACGACUAGCCAGACAUGCUAGGGAGUGGACCGUGAACAUACUGCCAGAUUGGCAUAAUAUGAAAAACUCAAAACGCACACUAGAGCUUUGGUGGAGCGGUCUACCCCCCUCCAUUAGAGGCAAAGUGUGGCAACUUGCCAUUGAAAACAAACUGAAGAUAACCCAGGAAAUGUAUCAGGAUCUAGUAGCAAAAGCUAAACAGAAACUACACGAAGCACAACUGCGUAGAAAGCGGUUAAAAGUCAACAAAUCUUGCGAUUGUAAAACUAAAGAUGCAACCGAAGAAGAUAGGCUGUCGAUCAACGGAGAAUUGGACAAAGAAAAUCGACCCAAAACAGAAAAGGCUAAAUUAGAUGAGGAAAAACAAAGACUCGGUAUGCCCAGGAACUUUAGUGAGCAGAAUUUGAAAAGUAUGAACGCAGAAAGUAGUGAAAAGAAGUGCUGUUCGAAAUCCAACCCUAAUCUGUUAGAUUAUAGUGACGAAUGUUCCAUGGAGUUGAUUCAGUUGGACAUAGCGAGGACGUUCCCACAUUUGUGCAUAUUCCAACCGGGUGGACCGUAUUUUGAUGUUUUACACGAACUGUUGGCUGCGUAUGUGUGUUAUAGACCGGAUAUUGGAUAUAUACAGGGCAUGUCCUUCAUAGCGGCAGUAUUAAUACUCAACAUGGAGGCGCCGCAAGCUUUCAUAUGCUUUGCGAAUUUACUCGAUGGGCCCGUGUUAAGGGCCGCCUUUACAAGGGACGGGGCUAUGAUGCAGCGUCUCUGGAAAGCCUACAGCCGCUUGCUCCGGCACCAGCUGCCGGCUCUAGCGGACACGGUAGCGCCCGAGCUGUACCUGCUCGAGUGGCUCUACACGGCGUUCGCGAAGGCGAUGCCGCUGGACGCCGCGUGCCGCGUGUGGGACGUGUUCCUUAGGGACGGGGACACUUUCCUGUUUAACGCCGCUCUAGGAAUACUGCACCUCUACCAAGACGAACUAAAAGACAUGGACUUCAUAUCAGCAGCGCAAUUCCUAACCAAACUACCAGAAGACCUGGACACCGAAGCGCUGUUCAGAAGCAUCUCCUCCGUCUCCAUGACCCUGGAUGGACUGUCCUUCGAAGAGCUGGUCUCCUGCUCCCAAGUGGACACGACCCUGGAUGAUGAUGGGUGUAUAAGGUUAUGAUACAGGAACAGCUUCUGGGAGCUAGUGGAAAAGCACCUCCUCAGUCUACAUGACCCUGGAUGGGCUCUGCGGAGAGCUGGUUCUCUGUUACCAAGUGGAAACCCUGGAUGAUGAUGAAGAAUGAAGAAUGAUGUAGGAGCAAUUUUUGGGAUGUUUAUGUAGAUUUUGAGGUCCUGUGACAGAAUUGCUAUUUGAAAAUAACAUUGUUGGAUGAUUAAUACAAUCCAAUAUUUUUUUCAAACUGUUUCUGUAAUGUUUCUUUUAAAAUAAUGUUGCAAUAAAUAUAAAAAUAAUUUAUUUAAUAAUUUUGUAUGUCGUAGUUAUGAGGGUGAACUGUCAAAGUGACGUUUCACGCAUAUAAUGCCGCCAUGUUUAAAUGAUGUUCCGUAUAUUAUAGAAAUCGGUAGUUUCUAUGUACAUUAUUAAAGUUCAUUGUUACAUUUAAAUGAUUUUUUUUAUCUUAUUGUGAACGAUUUGGAAAGUCGAAUUUCAUCUUUCAUUCCUUUGAAUUUAUUUUUCAACUAGCUUCCGCCCGCGACUCCGUACGCGCGGAAAAAUGAAGAUUUCUUUUUUCCUACGUAAUUUUCCGGGAUAAAAAGUAUCCUAUUUUAUGCCCAGGAUAAUAAGGUAUAAUUAUACCAAGAUUCAUCGAAAUCGAACCGUUAGUUUUCACGUGAUGCCUGAACAU